GCCCCGGUCCAUACAGGUGCGCCUGGACAAUUGUGCGUAAUUUUGCCGGCAGCGAGGAGCGCGUGUUUACUUACUGUGUGCACGCGUGACGUUUUGCCGCUCCAGGGACAAAAUGCGCGUGCACGGCGGAAUGGCAUACAUUCACCGGAACACGGAGGACCCACGAGCUGGUGUAGGCUGUGGCAGAUUCACGGGAAUUAAGCGACGGCUUGGUUUUCUGCAGUAACACAGUGUUACUGGAGCCGUAGGAGGCUUGUCUGAAGGAAGAUUUCAGUUUUAAGGGGAAGCGGAAGCGUACAAGUCACAGAUGUGAAAAGGCAGGUGCGUUUCAUCUCGGUCUUUUUUUUUCUUUUUUCUUUUUCCCCCCCUGCUGUAAUCUGGUUUUUCGGCCGGAGCCUGUGAAAAUGCAGUUUCUUCCUGACAGAUGUGUGGCACCACAACUGCAACCUACAGAGAGUGUCCCCUGUCUGUCUGCCGCUGAUCUGUUGUGGUCGGCUGUGGAGCACUGAGACUGGUACAGCUGCAAAAUUCAUCAUCAGCAUCAACAUCUGCCACUUCUAACACGAAGAGACACCAGAGGACAGGAGCUGCUUUUCGGCUGAUCGCAACGGCAGCAGUCAGAAAGUACCUGUAGACGAUGACUCCGGCGGAGCUGCCUGCUUGAAAGCAGCAUGAGCUAACCGAGGACUGCCAAAGCAAUUGCCGAGUCGAGCUUUUUCUGUUUGGGGCUGAUGAAAAUGUUCCAGUGUGUCAGUUGACUGACAGGGUGGCAGUGGUGUUCUAGCCUGGGGACUUAGCCAGCGGCUGAAGUGCAGACACCACAAAGGAGAUGGCUCGUCCAGGAUCAGGGUUGCUGGUGCCUGUCAGUGGGCUCGGGUACCCUCCUCAGAACCUGGCCAGGGUGGUGGUCUGGGAGUGGUUGAACGAACAUGGGCGCUGGAGGCCCUACAGUGCAGCGGUCUGCCACCACAUUGAGAACGUACUGAAGGGGGAUGCCCGCGGUACUGUUGUUCUGGGGCAGGUGGAUGCCCAGCUGUCUCCCUACGUCAUCGACCUGCAGUCCAUGCACCAGUUUCGACAAGACACAGGCACCAUGAGACCAGUGCAGAGGAAUUUCUAUGAGCCCUCGUCUGCACCAGGGAAAGGUGUGGUAUGGGAGUGGGAGAAUGACAGUGGUUCAUGGACGCCCUAUGACAUGGAGAUCUGUGUGACCAUCCAGAAUGCCUACGAGAAACAGCACCCCUGGCUGGACCUGACCUCUCUGGGCUUCUGCUACCUCAUCGACUUCAACAGCAUGUCUCAGACCAACAGGCAGAGUCAGCGCAAGCGACGCCUGCGGAGACGCAUGGACCUGGCCUACCCGCUCAUCAUGGGAUCCAUCCCCAAGUCACAGUCCUGGCCUGUUGGAGCCAGUUCGGGCCAGCCCUGCUCCUGCCAGCAGUGCAUCCUGGUCAACAGUACAAGAGCCGCCUCUAAUGCUAUUCUGGCCUCUCAGCGGCGUAAGCUCUACGGAGGGACAGCCGGCAACGCAGGCGCUACAGGAACUCUCACUGUAGUGCGGCAGAGCAAUACCUUCGCUGGGACCUCCCUCUGGUCCCCGACAUCCGCCUCCUCCGGCACCAACAACAAUAACAUAAGUGUGGGAGGUGGACAAGCCAAAGCUGAACAGGUGCAGUUGCCACUGUCCACUGCCAACUUCCCCUGUUCCCCUGUGACGCCAUCUCUCUCGUCCGCCCAUGGCCACCACACUCUGACCAUCAAUGGACAAAACAACCUGAACCGGCCGGGCACCCAGCGCAUUUCCAUGGGCACUGCCAGAGGAGCCAUCCCGCCAGGCGUUCCUGCCCUCCCAGUGAAGAACCUGACUGGAUCUGGACCAGUGCACCCAGCACUAGCAGGUAUGACAGGUAUCCUGAUGUGCGCUGCAGGUCUGCCCGUUUGCCUGACCCGGGCCCCCAAGCCUAUACUGCACCCACCACCCAUCAACAAGAGUGACAUGAAGCCUGUGCCAGGGAUCAAUGGCAUGCGCCGCAAAACAAAGAAAAAGCACCUGAGGAGAGGGAAAAACCCAGAGGAUGUAGUGCGAAGAUACACAGAGAGGAUUAAAGUGUUACCAGACGAGGACUGUACCAUCUGCAUGGAGAGGCUGGUCAUGUCAUCGGGCUAUGAAGGCAUCCUGCAGCACAAAGGCAUCAAGCCAGAGCUAGUAGGCAAACUUGGCAAGUGUGGGCACAUGUACCAUCUGCUGUGCCUGGUGGCCAUGUACAACAAUGGCAAUAAGGACGGCAGUCUUCAGUGCCCAACAUGCAAAACCAUCUACGGGGAGAAAACGGGCACCCAGCCUCCUGGGAAGAUGGAGUACCACGUCAUCCCCCACUGCCUGCCGGGCUACCCAGACUCCAAGACAAUCCGCAUCGUCUACGACGUUCCUGCUGGGAUCCAGUCCAAUGAGCACCCCAACCCCGGGAAGAAGUUCAGCGCGAGAGGGUUCCCUCGACACUGCUACCUUCCCGAUAACGAGAAAGGCCGGAAGGUCCUGAAGCUGCUGAUCAUGGCCUGGGACCGACGCCUCAUCUUCACCAUUGGCACGUCCAGCACCACAGGCGAGUCAGACACAGUGGUGUGGAACGAGAUUCACCACAAGACAGAAUUUGGCUCCAACCUGACCGGCCACGGCUACCCCGACCCCAACUACCUGGACAACGUCCUGACAGAGCUGUCGGCCCAGGGGGUCGGUGAGGACAACCUGAAGGACUGAUGACCAGCUGAGCUGGUAUAGGGGUACGCAACCCACCAUGCCUCGCUAUCUCGCAGAAAACAGGGACACUGCAUGACAGGGCCAACAUGCAGCCGACAACUCCUUACUCCCCACAAAGAAAAAACAGCCUGCAGAAGUGGUGGCACGAGAGCAGCGGAAGCCGAAUAAAUGAGAUGGUUAUGAUCAAUGUUUUGAUUUGUAUAAGCUAAGAUUUCCCCCGUGCUGUGUCUUGAUCCAUGCCUUGAGCAUGUUGUGUUCAUACCAAAUUUUCUCCUAGGUUUGAGGAAUUUGAAGAAAAGGCAAGAUUUCUGUCUUGACGUUGGCUGCCAGCAAAUGGUAUUUAACCCCUUUUAGAUUCAGACUAAAGCUGUUUUUCUGCACUUGGAGUAAAAUGACCAGGGGCCAAAACUAAACUAAAUGCAUAUUUGUAAAGCUGAACUCCAGAAUGCAUGGCCCAGAUUAACGCUGCAUAAUGAAUAUGAAUGAAUAUCUGCGAUAGGGUGAGGUGUCAAUGGACCAGUUGUUGCUUGACAUUGUGACGAUACAUUUAAGAGAAUUUCAGCUUUACGAAUUCAUCCAAAUGAAUUGAUUAUUUGCUUCUUCCUUUUACUCUAAUAAUUAAUUAUUGUCCUGUAACAAGUGGUUACACUUUGGUUUUGUGAUUUGAAGGAGAGGAUCUUGAUUCUUGUGAUGUCAUUUAAAGUUGCACUGGGCAUAUCUGACAUUUUCCACUUCUGACACAACAGAUCAGUCAUUCCUUAAAAUGGAGUGUGUUAUGUGAGUUAUGGAGCGCAUGAAGUGGAUACCAGAGAGCUAAAGGCUAUGAAAUAUUAGGGUUUGGUAAUAAAUGUAUGUUGUGUGUCCCAUCUUGUGGACUGUCUAUGAGAGAAGACCUGAUACAGAUGAAGCGAGCAGC